AUGGAAAGUUUUGUGAGCAAAGACAGAGAGUUGUCUCAACUCUCUUUGUCUUACUGUGGUUCAACCAUGAGCAAUACCACAAGUUUCCUUCCACUCACAACAACGUUGGAUGCUGAAGAAGAAGAAGAAGAAGAUUUUAUUUUCAAUAUUCAUAAUUCUUUGUUGGUUGAUCCCCGACAUGUUUUGCUUGGCAAAGUGACCGGUGAAGGGUCUUAUUCGAUCGUUCACCAAGGCAUUUAUGAGUCCAAGCCUGUUGCCGUGAAAAUAUUACAGUUGCAUAAGACACCUGCUCUCAAUCGUAAAUAUAAACUGAAAUUUCAGAGGGAGGUCACCCUGCUAUCAAGGACAAAUCAUGGAAAUAUUUUGAAGUUUGUUGGUGCCUGUAUUGAACCAACCAUGAUGUUAAUUACUGAAUUUAUGGGGGGUGGUAAUCUUCAGAAGUACCUAUGGAGUGUUCGCCCGCAAUGUCUAGAACUGAAGCUCUCGAUAAGUUUUGCAUUGGAGAUUUCUCGAGCUAUGGAAUACUUGCAUGCUAAUGGCAUUAUUCAUCGUGAUCUGAAGCCAAGUAAUAUACUCCUGACAGAAGAUAAAAAGCAUAUUAAGGUGGGUGACUUUGGGUUGGCUAGGGAGGAAGUUAUGGAUGAGAUGACUUGUGAAGCUGGUACUUAUAGAUGGAUGGCUCCAGAGAUAUUCAGCCAAGACCCUAUUCCAAUCGGAGUGAAGAAACAUUAUGACCACAAGGUGGAUGUAUAUAGCUUCGCAAUGGUUCUGUGGGAGUUACUCACAAAUACAGUUCCCUUCAAGGGGAAGGAAAGCAUGUCAGUAGCGUAUGCCGCUGCUAAAAAUAUAAGGCCUAGCGUGGAGGAUCUUCCAGAGGAUAUUGUCCCUCUAUUGAAAUCUUGUUGGGCACUGGACCCAAAAGCUCGGCCAGAAUUUAAAGAA